CCAACAACAUAUCUGAACCACUGGUGAAGGCAGAACUUCAUAUCUGAACCAGCAAGUCCCAGUGGUCUUCUCUACCACCGAACUCCACCGCGAGUACUUCAGCCUUAGCUACAAGCCUACACGCCUAUAACCAGCUCAAACACAAUACACAGCUGCCGCGCUUCGACGGAUCGGCAGGUUAACCAAAGGCAACCAGCUCCUCUGGGGCUCUCUCGAGGUUUGAGACCAAACAGUUGGAACUGGAAACCUGACUUGCAGCGUCCAGAUUGCAGGCCAUCUACUAGUCUCAGUACCCAUCAGGUUUAAGACCAAACAGUUGGAACUGGAAACCUGACUUGCAGCGUCCAGUUUGCAGGCCAUCUACUAGUCUCAGUACCCGUCAGAACAAAUGGCAGAAGCUGUACUCCUUGUUGUUUCAAAGAUUGGAGAAACUUUAACGCAGGAAGCCACGAAGGCCGUAAUAACCAAGCUAUCAGAGAAAGUUGCAAAUCUUAAGGAACUACCAUGGAAGGUUGGGGAAAUAGGGAAAGAACUAAACAUGAUGGACAAUUUAAUAAAACAGAUAGGUACUCCAAGCCUCACCAAUGAGCUUGUGAAGGGUUGGAUUGCAGAGGUGCGGGAGCUAGCCCACCAUGUUGAGGAUGUCAUUGACAAAUAUUCAUACCAUGCUCUUAAAUUGGAGGAAGAAAAUAGGGUGAAAAAGAUCUUCACCAAAGCUCACUACAUCACAGUUUUCAGUCAAAUCGCUGAGGAGAUUACCGAGAUAGAGAAGAAAAUCGAUAAUGUUGUGAAGCGAAAAGAACGGUGGCUACCUCAGUCCCAGCUCAGUCCCAAUUUACUUGCAGAUAUUGAAAGGAAGCGGUCGCAGGACUGCCUCCUGGAUGUUAUUCAAGAUGAUCUUGUGGGAAUUGAAGAAAACAGGAGACUGCUGACUGGAUGGUUGAACUCAGACGAGCAAAUUACCAGAUUAAUAACAGUAUCUGGUAUGGGUGGAUUGGGAAAAACCACCCUUGUCACAAAUGUGUACGAGCGGGAGAAGAACAAUUUCACCACUCAUGCUUGGAUCGUUGUAUCUCAGAAUUAUGAUGUGGUUGAAUUGCUGAGGAAACUGCUGAGGAAGAUUGGGGAGCCAGAACAGUCACAGCUAGUGGAUUUGGAUGCCCAUGACUUGAAAGAAAAAGUAAAGGAAAGACUAGCUGGUAGGAAGUGCUUGAUUGUACUGGAUGAUGUAUGGAAUCAAGAAGCAUACACUCAGAUAAGGGAUGCAUUCCAGAACCUCCAAGCAAGUUGUGUUAUCAUCACGACGCGACAGGAACAGGUGGCAGUCCUUGCUCACCCCACCUGUCAACUCAAACUCAAGCCAUUGGAUCACGGUGAUGCACUUGUGCUGUUUUGCAGAAAGGCUUUCUAUAACAGCAUAAAUUGCAGCUGCCCCGAUGAACUUGAGAAGCUGGCCAACAAUAUAGUGGAUAGGUGUCAAGGACUUCCACUUGCAAUCGUAACCAUGGGUGGCCUGUUGUCUGCACUGCCACCAAUUAAACAAGUUUGGAACGAAACAUACAAGCAAUUUCAGGAUGAGCUGACGAACAAUGAUCAUGUUCGUGCAAUUCUAAAUCUGAGCUACCACGACUUACCUGGAAAUCUUAGAAACUGCUUCUUUUAUUGUAGCUUGUUCCCUGAGGAUCACCUAAUGUCACGAGAGAGCCUUGUUUGGCUAUGGGUUGCAGAAGGUUUUGCGCUUCAAAAUGAACAAAGCACACCAGAGGAGGUGGCCGACAGAUACCUAAGGGAACUGAUCCAAAGGAAUAUGCUGGAAGCUGUUGAGAACGAUGAGCUAGGAAGGGUCCGCACCUGUAAGAUGCAUGACCUUGUACGUGACCUGGCACUUUCUGUUGCUAAAGAGGAGAAGUUUUGUUUUGCGUAUGAUUUUGGCACAUUGGUGAAGAUGGACAAGGGUGUUCGUCGCCUGUCUUCCUGUGGAUGGCAGGACAAAACUUCACUGAAAGUUAAAAUUCAACUGCCACGCCUUAGAACCGCAGUUGCACUCGGAAUAAUUGGAUCCUCCCCUCAGUUGUUAUCUUCAGUUCUUUCUGAAUCCACGUACCUGACAGUUCUCGAGUUGCAAGAUUCUGAAAUAAGUGAAGUGCCAGCAUCCAUAGGAAAUAUGUUUAAUCUACGCUACAUUGGCCUGCGUCGCACAAGAGUUAAAUCACUCCCAGAUUCGUUUGGAAAGCUCUCCAACCUCCAAACACUGGACAUAAAGGCAACAAAAAUAGAGAAGCUACCAAGAGGUGUUGUUAAAAUCAAGAAGUUACGGCACCUUCUGGCAGACAGAUUUGCAGAUGAGAAGCAGUCAGAGUUCCGGUACUUCAUUGGAGUGCAAGCACCAAAAGAGCUAUCCAACUUGGAAGAACUUCAGACUCUAGAAACUGUGGAAGCCAACAAGGACCUGGCUGAGCAGCUGAUAAAACUUACGAAACUAAGGAGUGUGUGGAUUGACAACAUAAGUGCAGGGGAUUGCGCAAACCUUUUCUCUAUACUGUCAAAGAUGCCUCUUCUUUCCAGCUUGCUUCUCUCUGCAAGUGAUGAGAACGAGACACUUCAUUUGGAAGAUCUGAAGCCAGCAUCUGAAAACUUCCACAGAUUGAUAAUCAGAGGGUGCUGGGCAGAUAAGACACUUGAGUGCCCUGUAUUCCGUGACAGUGGCAGAAAUCUCAAAUAUCUAGCUAUUAGCUGGUGCCACCUUCAGGAAGAUCCACUGCAGCUGCUUGCACCUUACGUGCCGAAUCUCACCUAUCUUAGUCUUAACAGGGUGAGUACUGCAGACACCUUAGUUCUUUCUAAAGGGUGCUUCCCACAGCUGAAGUCGCUUGUCUUGAAGCGCAUGCCCAAUGUUGACAAGGUGGAGAUCAAAGUUGGUGCCCUUCAACAGAUUGAGGGUUUAUAUGUUGUGUCACUUCUAAAGCUCGACAAGGUCCCCCAAGGUAUUGAAUCCCUUCGUUCUCUUAAGAAACUGUGGCUGCUGAGUUUGCACAAGGACUUCAGAGGUCAUUGGGAUAGCGAAAAGAUGCAGCAGAAGAUGCAGUAUGUUCAAGAGCUCCGCAUCUGAAGUGGCACACGUGUACCACAGGAGUAGAAAUGCACUUCACAUCUGCUCGCAGCAACGUCAGGCGUUUAAUCCUUUCCAAAUAACUAAAUAAGUCAUCAGAUCUUUGACAUUGUUAAUGCAACUACAAUUGCAGUUAUGCCAUGCUUUAGCAUUUCCUUUUUAAUGGACCCUGACUUUAUCUGCGAUCAGGGCGUGCCCAGCCUCAUCGCAGCUGUGGUAUAUUUUUCCCCAUUGAUUCAGAUUUUGAUUCCCAUCCAAGGACUUGGACCUUUCGUUGUUUAACUGCAAUUGCCAAAAAUGUUUAAUUUAUUAA